AUGUUCGACCCUCAUCAACCACAUCCGCUGCUCGCACAGAUCCCUCUGACAGUCUCUCCAUUUCUAUCGCUUCCAUCUGCCGUGACCCUCCCCUAUUCAUUUCGAUCCGUGCCCACAUCACUUCCCCCUUCUGUCAUAUCUGAAAAUGGUACCGACAAGCCAAAAUACAUCACAUCUUCCUCCGGGCAUACUGCUCAUCCAGACGACAUCGUAGCAUCGUGUAAGGCCCUUCAAGACCACCUUCGAAAAACAAAGGAGACGGCAGAAAAGGCAAUCAGCGACUGGGAGCAGGACAUCAAAGACCGAGACCUGGCAGAAAAGCGAAGAGUUGCACCUGGGUGGUUAGAUCGUUCAGAAAAGAUUCUCGAGCCUACAAAGGCCGCCUCAAAGGCCUCUGCUGAUCAGAAUCUCCUGGAUCACCAACCUACAAACGUGAUAACUGCUCCUGCAAUGUCUCCUAGCCGGGAAGGCGAAGAACUCGAUCGUGCUUUUGGUGGCAUGAAAGUGAAGUGA